UGUAAGCGCAUUAAUCAUAUUUUCCUUCACCUUCGUCAGCCCAUUCUCGCCUCAUUCUUUCUUUAUAUCGCCGUGUUAUUUUUCAAGAAUAUUUAACUUAAUCUUCCUUACAAUGAGUAGAUAUAAGUUAUUCAUUGGGCAUCUCUCUCCUGAUGCUCGUACCAGAGAUCUAGAAAGAUUUUUCAAGGAUCAUGGCUUCUCGAAAACUAUUCAAGAAGUUGUAGUAAAAACUGGUUAUGGGUUUGUGGUUUUUGAUGAUCGUAGAGAUGCAGAUGAUGCUAUUUAUGAAUUAAACGGCAAAGAAUUAAUGGGAGCAAGACUUCAAGUUGAAUAUGCUAAACCUUCAGGUCGUUCUGAUAAGUAUGACGGUGGUUAUAGAGAUAGAGAAAGAGAAAGAAGUCGAGAUAGGGGAGGCUUUAGUUCAAGAUAUGGUCGACCAUAUAACACAGAUUUUCGUCUGGUCAUAGAAAAUGUAUCAACAAGGUGUAGUUGGCAGGAUAUUAAAGAUUACUUCAGACAAGCUGGAGAAGUUACUUUUGCAAAGUGUCAUCGAGAAAAAAUGGGUGAAGGAGUCGUUGAAUUUGCGUCUAGCAGCGAUAUGAAAAAUGCAUUGCGAAAACUUGAUGGCUCCGAGCUUUUUGGAAAAAGAAUUAAACUAAUUAGUACUUAUCGUGGACAAUCGGAAUCACGGUCUCGAAGUCGAAGUCGUUCACCAAAGAAGCGCACUCGCUCGCCAGCUUCACGAUCACCUGUGGCACGCUCACGGUCUCGUAGUCCUCGCGGUAGAAGCAGAUCACGAAGCUUUGCCAGGCGAUCAGUUUCAAGAUCAAGAAGUCGAUCAAGAUAGUCGGAAAUUUUGGAAUUGUCCGCCUGGUUCGCCUAAAAUUAUGGACUAAAUAUUCGGCGUUAAUAAAUGGGGGAACGUUUUAAUGUAUUUUAUAUGUAAAAAUUGCUUGUUAAUCAAAUCUGCAACUUAAAAGCAUUCAAGCGAACUGAACUUUUCAUAUUUAAUCAAAAAAGGAAAUGUAUACUUAUGCUUCCGUAGAUAAAUUUGUGAUUUAAGAAAACGACAUAAACUUAUAAAAUUAA